UUGUGUAUAUCCUUCGUUGGAUUCUCAACAAUCUCAAAUACAUAAAAAGGAAGUGUUUUUCCUCCCAUUCUUUCUUCCAUCCCUUCAACCCCAUUGCCCACACUCCAACAAGGAGAGCUUCUCCUCCCAUUCUCUCUUCCAUCCUUUCCAUCUCAUCGCUCACACUCCAACAUGGCACGUGCCAUGUGGUUGCUAGUGUGCACUUUCGCCGUGCUUGCCUUCAUGGCUUCUGCCAAUGUUGUCCAGCACACAUUUCGGGUCGGCAAUCUAACGGUCAACCCACUAUGUGAAGAGCGGGUCAUCGUUGCCGUGAAUGGGCAAUUCCCUGGCCCAACGAUCCGUGUUCAAGAGGGCGACACGCUGGUAGUUCAUGUCAUCAAUGAGUCACCCUACAACAUCUCCAUACACUGGCAUGGGAUAUUUCAAAAGCUAAGUGCUUGGGCUGAUGGGCCAGCGUACGUGACCCAAUGUCCGAUGGUUCCCGGGAACAGUUACACUUACAGGUUCAACGUCACAGCUCAGGAAGGGACACUUUGGUGGCAUGCCCAUGUAUCGCUGCUCCGAGCAACGGUCUACGGUGCUCUGAUCAUUCAUCCUAGAGCCGGUCGAUCCUAUCCUUUCAUCAAACCUCACAAGGAAUUCCCCAUUGUUAUAGGGGAGUGGUGGAAUGCGAACGUGGUGGAUGUUGAGGACGAGGCUACUCUCACUGGAGGUGCACCCAAUAUCUCUAACGCCUAUACAAUCAACGGAAGGCCCGGCGAUCUCUACCCAUGCACCAGCAUUAAAACGCACAAGAUUGAAGUGGUGCAAGGUAAGACAUAUAUGCUGCGAAUCAUCAACGCUGCCAUCAGUAACCAGCACUUCUUUAAGAUCGCUGGCCACAAUCUGACGGUUGUGGGCAUCGAUGCCACCUACACUGAGCCGUACGUUACCAAUGUCGUUGUUGUGGCCCCAGGCCAGACCGCAGACGUCCUCUUCGUUGCAAAUGGCCCACCUGGGGCCUACUACAUAGCGGCUCGCCCUUACGCGACGGCCCAGGGCAUAGAUUUUGAUGACACGACCACCACCGCCAUCCUCCAGUACAAGGGCCCCACGUCAUCAGCAACGCCCCUGAUGCCGGUCCUACCAGCAUUAUUCGACACCCCAACAGCCCACCGGUUCUACAGCAACCUAACUGCCCUGCGUGGUUGGGGUCACAAGGUGCCUCUCCACGUGGACGAGCACAUGUUUAUGACCGUUGGAUUUGGGCUCGAACCGUGCGAGGAGAACGCCACGUGUGCGGGUCUAAAUGGAAUGAGGUUCGCAGCGAGCUUGAACAACGCUUCGUUCCGGCUGCCCACCACGCUAUCCAUGCUGCAGGCGCACCAUAGCGGCGUGCAGGGCAUCUUCACGGACGACUUCCCAGACACGCCCCCGCUCGUGUUUGACUACACGAACGCUAACGCGAGCCAGUUAGUAUCAACGACCCUGAAGUCAACACGUGCCAAGAGGCUCGCGUACAACUCGACGGUGGAGAUAGUGUUUCAGAACACGGCGAUAGUUGGGGUAGAGAACCACCCGAUGCAUCUACAUGGUUUUAAUUUCUACGUGCUCGCACAGGGGUUCGGAAAUUACGAUAGUGCCACGCAUAGGAGCAUGUUCAAUUUGGUGAACCCGCAGGUGCGGAACACCAUAGCAGUUCCCGUCGGCGGUUGGGCUGUCGUCCGAUUCCGAGCCAACAAUCCCGGUGUAUGGCAGCUCCAUUGCCACUUGGAUGCCCACCUGACAUGGGGAUUAUCCACGGCUUUCGUGGUAGAUAAUGGACCCACUGCUUCAUCGACACUGCCUCCACCACCACCCGAUCUACCUCGUUGCUAGAUCAUUACCAUUCAUUCAUGAUACUAUCAUAUUUGUAUAUGUUUCCUAGUUUCAUAUGCAUCUCUACUCGCAGGCAAACGACACGUGUAUCAGGUGGGGCCCAUUUUGUAGAUGGUCUAAACAAAAAUGCAGGCCGGUCUG